CGGGCGGGAGCCGCCGCCGUCCCCGGGGCCGGGCUGCGGGCCGUGGGUGUGAGCGCUGCCCGCCCUCGCCCGGCUCGGACCGCGCUCGCCAGCCCCGGUAACGCCCCGGCAGCCUCGGCAAGCCGGUUGGAUUUUCCCCAUCUCCCAGCACCUCGCAGGUCUCUCCUCUGAGCAGCCCGUUGCCUGAGCGAGUGGAAACGUACAGCUCAGCUGCAGGUUUCUGCCUACAGAGCCAGAGUGAAAGAGAAAGAAAAGGGUUGGGGAAGCAGAGACAAACACUGACCUGGACUUAGAGAAAAGACAUCCAAUGGCUGAAUAAAGAACCCCUGUUCAUGUUUUGGGAUAUUCUUUCAACUGGCUGGAACGAGAGCGGAUCAAAAGAAUGGGAAAUGCCAGCAGACCCUUUAGAAGAAUUGCUUAUUUCUUAUGCCUUUUAUCUGUGCUUUUGCUGACUGAAGGGAAGAAGCCAGUGAAGCCAAAAUGUCCUGCCUGGUGCACUUGUACCAAAGAUAAUGCUUUAUGUGAAAAUGCCAGAUCUAUUCCUCGCAGCGUUCCGCCUGAUGUUAUCUCACUAUCCUUUGUGAGAUCUGCUUUUACUAAAAUCCCAGAAGGGAGUUUUUUGCUCACACCAUCUCUGCAGCUUCUGUUGUUUACAUCCAACACUUUUGAUGUUAUUAGUGACGAUGCCUUCAUGGGCCUUCCUCACCUAGAAUAUUUGUUCAUAGAGAACAACAGCAUUAAAUCAAUUUCAAGGAAUACUUUCAGAGGACUGAAAUCUUUAAUUCACCUGAGUCUCGCAAAUAAUAAUCUCCAGUCGCUUCCAAAAGACAUAUUCAAAGGCUUGGAUUCUUUAACAAAUGUGGAUCUCAGAGGCAACGCCUUCAACUGCGACUGCAAACUGAAGUGGCUGGUGGAGUGGCUGGGCAGCACCAACGCCACCGUAGAAGACAUUUACUGUGAAAGCCCACCAGAGUACAAGAAGCGAAAAAUCAACAGCCUCUCCCCAAAAGAGUUCGAUUGCAUUAUCACAGAGUUUGAAGUUUAUCAGUCCCUGCCGUACCAGUCUCUGUCAGUAGAUACCUUCUCAUACAUGAAUGACGAACACGUGGUUAUUGCUCAGCCUUUUACUGGAAAAUGCAUCUUUCUGGAAUGGGACCAUGUAGAAGUGAUGUUCAGGAACUACGACAACAUUACAGGAACUUCAACUGUUGUGUGUAAGCCUAUAGUUAUUGAGAGUCAGCUGUAUGUCAUUGUCGCCCAGCUCUUUGGAGGCUCCCACAUAUACAAAAGAGAUAUUUUUGCUAAUAAGUUCAUAAAAAUCCAAGAUAUUGAAAUCCUUAAAAUCCGAAAACCCAAUGACAUUGAAACGUUCAGGAUUGCCGAAGACUGGUAUUUUGUUGUUGCAGACAGUUCAAAAGCUGGUUUCACCACGGUUUACAAAUGGAAUGGGAAUGGAUUCUAUUCCCAUCAGUCUCUGCACGCCUGGUACAGAGACACUGAUGUGGAGUAUCUUGAAAUAUCCGGCAAACCACAUUUAAUUCUGUCAAGUAGUUCCCAAAGACCUGUCAUAUAUCAAUGGAACAAAGGAUCGAAUGAAUUUGUUAAGCGUUUUGAUAUCCAAGAUAUGGAAGAUGCAUACGCAGUGAAACAUUUCAAGGUGAAAGAGGACGUAUACAUUUGCUUAACAAGAUUUAUUGGGGACUCUAAAGUAAUGAAAUGGGGUGGCUCGGCAUUUCUGGAUUUACAAAGGAUGCCAUCCCGAGGGUCAAUGGUAUUCCAGCCGCUUCAGAUCAGCAAUUACCAAUAUGCCAUUCUUGGAAGUGAUUAUUCUUUCACUCAAGUCUAUUAUUGGGAUGCUGAAAAGGCAAAAUUUGUGAAGUUUCAAGAAUUAAAUGUGCAGGCACCAAGAUCUUUCAUACAUGUCUCCAUUGAUAAACGAGAUUUUCUCUUUGCUUCAAGUUUUAAGGGAACUACACUGAUUUAUAAACAUGUCAUAGUUGACUUAAGCGCAUGACACUCCUAAUUCUGAGAUUACAUCAGACUUUCUACCAUAAGUGGACAAAAUGAACUAAAUGCAUGACGACUCUCGUAUCUUACUUCCAAAUGAAUGCCUUUAAAAGUUGAGAUUGCUAGAACAAAGUAUUACUAGUAUCUUCAUCUUUAAUUGUCAAGUCUAGUGGUGUUGGAAGUUGCAUUUUUUAACAAAAAGAAAUUAAAUUAACUGUUCUUUGCAUCCACAGUAUGUAAAUAUGUGUGCAACUGCAUCUGUUGCUAUAAAGAAUAUUAAGAUGUACUUUUCCAUUUAUUUAUUCACCUGUUUGAAACAACUGCCAAAUAAAAUGUUUACAUUUUGUGUCUUUAACAUUCCAAA